AUGGGAACCAAGGAGUUCUGGAAAUUUGAUCCAGCAACAGAGGAAGUAAAGUUGCGUCCUAUCCCUGGCAAAAUGCUGCUCUUGUGUCUGGAUGGAUACAACAAGAGCAACGAUGCUUCUAUGGGAUGCACGAUGAUGGUGAUCUGGGUGGUGGGCGGUUUCCUGUGA